CUUCUGGGAACUCUACUAGAUGUUGCUCAUUAUGGUUACCAUUGUUCACUCACGCUUUCAGGUUCAUGUUGUUCGAGGUUUCAAUGUAAGUAGUCGAUGUAAGUAGCUGAGUGAAAUACUGGUCGAAACAUGCGAAGUAUGUAAGAGCUGUCAUUAUAUCUUUUUAUGUCUCCGUUCUCUGAUUAAAUGAUACAAGAAGUACAAGAACACACUCUCUAAGCGGCACGCACAGACAAGAUGUCGACCAGCAAAGUUCCCAAGCGGGCUCAGCAGAACAAUCUUGCUGCAGCCUUUGGCGUCUUUCAAGCGCAACAAGCCUGUGCUGAUCAUGCUGCCGCGUCAAUCUUUGAGCAGAGUGGGCCAUCAGGUGAAGGAGGGGUAGAAGAUGAGGAAAUGUUCAGAUGGGAUCCUGUGACUAAGGAAUUAGUGUUAAGGCUUGUUGAUACAACUCAUUUCUAACGGUCUUUUUCUUCUGUUUCAUCCCUCUAUCUAUUGGUUCUUGUUUUGUUUCAAUAUCCCUCUUGGGAAGUUAUAGGACAAUUCAUUUCUAACGGUCUUUCUUGUAGGCUUUCUACCGGUUUAAGUGUUAAGGCUUUCUAACGGUCUUUUUCUUCUGUUUCAUCCCUCUAUUCAUUCUGAAGAAAGAAAUGAAGGGAAGACCAAGAUGAAAUGAAUUACUUUGAGCUCUAAUAGUGGAAGUAUCUUCUGCCACUGCGGCUCCAGCAGAAGCAGGCGUCGACGCUUCUCGGCGCGCUGCAGCUGAUGCAGAAUUAUUGCAGGAUGUAUUGGAGGUAGAGGCAGCAACUACUGGCGGAGGUUCAUCAUCCGCAGCUAAGAUGAAGCUGGCGGAGGAGAACAUGCACAAGGACGAAGAUGGUAACAAUAAAAGAGGGUCCACCGCUAGCUCAAAAAAAGGGCGGAAGAAAAAGAGGAAGACAGAUGGUGGAGGAGAAAAGACAGAUGGUGAUAAAGACGAAGGAGACAGAGGCGAUAAAGACGAAGCUGAAUCUUCAGAAUCCGACUCAGAAUCCUCAGAGGAAGAAUCUCUGCCAGUUUCUACGCCGAAUUUGAUCGGUGAAGCCCUGGAGGAGGGACCAGAGAGCACCAUUUACCAAACUAUCAUGGAUAAAUGUUAUGCUACAAGUCUGGAGCUGGAGCAGAUUUCUCAUAUCAUAGAUCAUUCGCUUGUGAUGAAUAUGAUCAUUGUAUCCUCCAUCGAAGAUUCUUGUUUCUUGGUCAGAUAUUUUUUAAGAAGCCUUGUGCUAACUAUUCAUCGUCCUCGUCGUGCUACUAAUAGUUCCAUAGUAGAUAGACAUAGUCAUAGAGAGUUUUUACCUUCUAGGUGAUCACUACUCCAUGUUCGAAAUGACUACUAAUUGAAUAAUCAAAGGAUUAAGUAACCUUAAGACCUCGAAAGAAAUACCUUUCUAAAUCUCGAUCCGCGACGACAAGAUGACGAACCUGUAUUUCUACUACCAUGUUGCGGAAAAGAAGCUAUACUGUUGGAACGAGGAUGACUGGUCCAUGUACCGAUGGCGAUCCAACUUCACCGACAUGGAGUUUAUGCAUCAUUGCCAGAUCGAUACGACCAACAGAGGGUUUGUGGGGAGUGGCCUGACGUCAACUUCGAGUAGCGGGGGAGCGCCAAAGGAGAAGAAAGGUAAUGGUAGUGAUGUAGUAAGUACUUCGUAAUUAAGUAUGUUGAUUUUUAGAACACGUAAUGGUACUGAUGUACUUAGUUGAUUAAGUAGGUUCAUGUUGUUUUAGUUGAUUAGAAGAAGAAGUUUGUUGCUGUAGUACUAAAGAUUCUUUGUGAUUGUUCCUGAAAUGGAACGCUCUUCGUCUUGGAGAAAGAAAAAGUGACACUCAAAAAAUGUUGAAGGUUCUCCAAAAACUACCAGUAUUGAAUAUGCUUCUCUUCCAGCACAUCUUCUAAGUACAUUUAAAUGAUGAUAAUGAUAAUCCUAUCUUCAACUACUACCAUCCACUACAGCAACCAACGGUCCCGACUUGUGGCUAACCGUUUUGCCUCCAGAGGUGACGAGCACUCUGUCUAGACAAACCAGGGUCUACGAAAUACCAGAGAAAUUGUUUUCCAGAGUGUUCAAAACUACUAGUACUAGUACUUCUUCAAAAGACAAGGAACUAGAAAGUGAAACAUCUAGUAGGGAAAGCCGAGACGCAGUUCUUACUCAGAUGAAAUCGCAGAGCGGCGUAGCUACUGGCAACUUCGUGUUUUUGGACGACGAGCAGGGUCGUGAGGGUGAUUCAGCAGGUGCGACAUCAAGUGGUGGCGGUGGAGAAAAAAAUGCAGAGACAGAAAUCAAAAGCGGCAAAUUCGGUCGGCAAGUGCAAGUAUCUGGGACGCCAAGGCAGAUAUCCGAUUUCGCUAAUUGUCUAGAGAUGGGUCUACAGGCUGCAGGAGGCAAGGGUUUUGACUCGAGGAAGUGGCGUAAACACCAAGACGAGAUCCAUUUAGAACACAUCAAGAAAGAAGGCGCCUUUUUAGGUGCGGCGGGAAGUAGUUCAAGUUCUCCGGAUGGUGCUGAUGUUGAGCGGGAUGAGGACGCACUUCUUUUGGGAGAAGAAGAGAAAGGCCUCUUAGACGAUGGCGAGAAGCUGGCUGAACCGGGUUCACCGAGUAAUUUUGACGCAGUGGCAGAACUAGCGAGGAACGUGGCAAAGUUUGCACGAAAACAAAAGCUGCCACUGCAAUCGACCAGACACUUGCUGAAGUUAGACGCGCAAUUACAGAGGUACUUGUUGUUAAUACUUCUGCUAGCUAUAUUACUAGCUUGGAGCGUCCGAUAACAUCCCUCCCACUAGGAUCCCCCUCCUCCCCAAAAUAAGAAACCAAGCAAGGCAAAGAUGUAAGCGAUAUGCGUUCUCAAAUUUCGAAAAUUUUCCACGUUUUGCCAUCGUUUGAGGAUUGGGCCUCGUGCGUUUGAAGUCAAGGGCGAAGAUCCCGAAACUUUUUGACUUUAAGCCGUUCCGCUGAAAUUCAACUUCUUGGAUUUGCGUUCUUCAAAUUUCGAAAAUUCUCCGCGUUUUAUGGUCGUUCUGGGAUUGAAUUUUGUGCGUUUGAAGCGCUAAAGUCCCAAAGUUUUUGAAUUUCAGCCCGUUCCCUGCGAUUCAGUUUAUUGGAUUUGCAUUUUUCAAAUUUCGAAAAUUUUCCACAUUUUGGCGCCGUUUUGGGGUUGAAUUCUGUGCGUUUGAAGUGCUAAAGUCCCAAAAUUUUUGAUUUUAAGCCCUUUCCCUGAGAUUCAACCUCUUGGCUUCGCGUUUUUCCAAUUUCGAUAAUUUUCCACGUUUUUCGUCGUUUUGGGAGUGAAUCCCGUGAGUUUGAAGUGCUAAGAUCCCAAAAUUUUUGAUUUUAAGCCCUUUUGCUGAAAUUUAAUGCCUUGGCUUCGCGUUUUUCAAAUUUCGAAAAUUCUCCCCGUUUUUUCGUCGUUUUGAGAUUGCGUCUCGUGAGUUUGAAGCGUUGAGAUCCCAAAAUUUUUGAUUUUAAGCCCUCUCCCUGAGAUUCAACCUCUUGGCUCCGCGUUUUUCAAAUUUCGAAAGGUUUCCACCUUUUUCGUCAUUUUCAGAGUGAAUCGAUUGACUUUGAAAGGCUAAGAUCCCAAAAUUUUUGAUUUUAAGCCCUUUCGCUGAAAUUUAAUUCCUUGGAUUCGCGUUUUCAAAUUUCGAAAGCUUUCCACGUUUUGUCGUCGUUUUGUGGUUGGGUUUGAAGCGUUAAGAUCCUAAAAUUUUUGACUUUAAGCCCUUUCCCCCGAAAUUCAAUUCCAUCGCUUCGUGGUUUCGUGGAGUUCGUGGCUUCGUGGUUUCCUGGUUUCCUGGCUUCCUGGCUUCCUGGCAGGCUUCCUGGUUUCACGGUUUCGUGGUUUCGUGGUUUCAUGGUUUGUUUCGUGGUUUCGUGGUUUCAUGGUUUGUUUCGUGGUUUCGUGGUUUGUUUCGUGGUUUCAUGGUUUCGUGGGUUCAUGGGUUCAUGGGUUUGGGGUUUGGGGUUUGUUUGUUUUUGUGUCGGAGGUUUUGGGUUCGGGUGUUGGUUUGGGUUUGGGUGUUGGAGGUUGAGGUUUCCGAAGGGAUGUGUUUGCAAAGUUUUAUUGCUCUUAAUAUUGAUCACUCAGUAGAUUUGAAUUUCUGUAACGCCAGCAGCACAGAACUUUUCGAGUACUAAAGUUCUUCACUGUAGUUCUCUGAUAAGUGUAAGUGGAUCAAAUGGUCUUGUUGUUGACGACCAAGUAUUUUCCUCCUCAAGAACUCUAUUUUCCCUACCCUUCUCACAACAAUCGCAGAUACGUCCUGCGCAAGUUCUACCUGCCAGCAGAGAACAGCAAGCCUGAGAAGGUUUUUCAGAAGUAUGUUCAGCGUUUGUCCCAGUAUCCUCAGAAGUGGCGUCUGGAGGCUACCAUUUUAGAUGGUGAUAUGGACGACGUCUGCACCACGCGCAUGCUGAGACAAGGAAUAGAUACCGAGAUUGAACUAGGUGCCGAGAGCGCGAUGCUGGAUGACGAAGCAGGAGCUCGAGAAGACGGAACAUCCAAAGUAGAUAAUAAUGACAUGAAGCAAAGUAAGGACCUUCAACUGCCAAUCCCCGAUGGUUCCGAUCGGCAAGUGUUUGGUGACGUUGCUACUCAGCAUGCUCGCGUCCACGAUAUGUUUGGAUACUGGCACGUAACCCCUCUGGAAGAUAAAAUCGGAGUUUUGAUUGAUGGGGAAAAGAUACGAGCAAGCUUCGACGGACCAGCACCACUGCGAGACGGAAGCGUUAUACAAAUUGGCAAAACGCUAGUGCUGUGUGAGAUUGGGGACGCGUCGUGGCUCACAGAGAGGCGAAACAAGUACUAUGAAAGGUUACUGAACGGAGUAUUGGAAACAUCAACAUCGACUACUAGUGAGAAGAAAAGUAACGUUGAAACUGGUACUGCCGUAGAUGGAAAAGACAACGGUGAGGAAACUAUGAAGCCACCACCACCUGCUCCGAAGAAGCGAAGGUGGGAUAGCGCACCCGAAGGAGCUGAACAGCCGUCAAGCUAAGGAAAAAAAUGACAUGAAGUUGACCCACAGCCAUAUUAGAUUUUGAUGUAGAUUAAAUACACCAGAUACACCAGAGACUGAUACACUUAAACUUGAUUUCACACCUCCCAUUCCCUUGUAACUUGUACCAUUGUGAUGCUCCUUAUCCUUUGUAACAUUGUACCAUUGAACUUAUCACGACCAGUGUAGUACAGUACCUCCCUUGUCUCGCCUUCAAAACUGAGAAGUUCUCAAAUUUCAAUUCAAAUAGACGUUGAAAACAAGGAAAGAUCCAUCUUCCUUUCUGACGCUUCGAGGAU